AUGCCACAGUCAAAAGCAGAAGCGAACAAAAGACUUCGGAAUAUCUUCCGUAAGUCGAAAACGAAGACUGUGGUCGCUGAAAGCGGCGGAGCUGUAGCCUCUUCCUCGAACAGUGUAUCACAGUCUACUGAGAGUACUUCGAACUCGGUCGCGCUGUCUAAAGCCUUCAAAAAGCUGAACGAUAUUGACUUCUCACACGACAUUGCCGAUCAACUCGACAACGAGUUGAUCGACUACAUUGGUAAGAUCGAACAAUAUCCGAAUCAUCUUCUCCGGGGUAAUACCGAUCCUUUUGAGUUGUACGUGAUCAAAGAGAAUAAGAACUGCAAUAUGAAACUAAAGGGAAUGUAG